AUGAAAAGUGAUUUAAUAUCACCAACACAAACCAAUAAAUAUUUAUUUAAAAGAGUUUUAUUUCAAGAAUAUGAAUUCAUUAUAAAGGAUUUUAGAAACAAUUCAUUUAAUGAUGAAUUUGAAGAAGAUAAUCAAUGUGAAAUUAUGAUUGAUGAAUUUAUGACACAGUAUGAAAAUAUACCACAAUUAGAAACCACUGAAUUAAUGGGUGAAUAUUUAAAAAGUAAAAAUUUAAAUGGAUUAAAUAUUUUAGAUAUUGAAUCUGGUAAUCAAGGUUUAUGUGGCUUAUUAGCAAGUAAAUGUGGUGCUUCAAAUGUUAUUUUCACAUGUGGUUCACCAUCCCCACAACCAUCAACAACAAUUAAUUCAACAACAUCCACCACCACUACUACCAAUUACAUUGAAUCAAUAAAUGAUAUUGAAGAAUUAAUAAAAAUUAAUGAAACAUCAUUAUCAUCAAGAGUGGUUUCAUUUCAUUUCGGUUUAGAAAAUUUAAAUUCAUUUUUUAAUAAAAUUUCAAUUCCCUUUGAUUUUAUACUUUUAAAUAAUUUGUAUAAGAUAAUAAUAAUAAUUAUUAAUAUUAAUUCUAUUGAAAAUAGGUUAUUAAAGGAUGAAUAUAAAUCAAUUGAAAAAAUAUUAUUACUUUUUGGUACAAUUGCAUCAAUUUUAAUGAUUCAAAAAUAUCAUAACCCAAAUCAUCCAAUUUGUAAAUGUUUAUUUAGUAUAGAUUCAAAUUCAAUCAAUAUUCCAAUAAUAAAAAUAUUAGACAUUGCAAAUAGAUUUAAUUUAAAUAAUGAAUUUAUAAAUAUUGGAAAUUUUAAUGAUAAUUUUAAAUUAAUAGAAUUUACUUUAAAAUAA